CCCCCAGCCCCGGCGCGGCGGCGGCGGCGGCCCCGGGAUGUCGCGCAAGAAGGCGGCUCGCAGCAAAGGCGGCGGCGCCGCGCCCUCCGCCGCGCUGCCUCCCGCCGCACAGGGCACCGGCCGCUCCGCCGCCGCCCCCCGGGGCAGCUCCGCCGCCGCCGCCGCCCCCGAGGUGCCCCGCAACGGCGGUGCGGCGGCGGCCGGGCGGCCCUCGCUGAGCAGCAGCGGAGAGUUCUACGACCUCGCUUUCAAGGUGAUGCUGGUGGGCGACUCGGGGGUCGGCAAGACCUGCCUGCUGGUGCGCUUCAAGGACGGCGCCUUCCUCGCCGGCAGCUUCAUCUCCACGGUGGGCAUCGACUUCAGGAACAAGGUGCUGACGGUGGAUGGGGUGAAGGUGAAGCUGCAGAUCUGGGACACGGCCGGGCAGGAGCGCUUCCGCAGCGUCACCCACGCCUACUACCGGGAUGCCCACGCCCUGCUCCUGCUCUACGAUGUCACCAACAAAGCGUCCUUUGACAACAUCCAGGCUUGGCUGACAGAGAUCCAUGAAUACGCACAGCAGGAUGUGGUCCUCAUGUUACUGGGAAACAAGGUGGAUUCAGCCCAGGACAGAGUGGUGAAAAGGGAAGAUGGAGAGAAGCUUGCCAAGGAAUAUGGAGUUCCCUUCAUGGAGACCAGCGCCAAGAGCGGCCUCAACGUGGAAUUAGCGUUCACAGCCAUCGCCAAGGAGCUGAAGCACAGGUCCAUGAAGCUGCCCAACGAGCCCAAAUUCAAGCUCCACGACUACGUGAAGAAGGAAGUGCGAGGCUCGGGCUGCUGCAGGUCCUAACGUGCAUUUCUAGAGACUCAGGCCCGUGGGCAGUGUGUGCAUGUCUGUCUGUCGUGUCUGUGUCUGCCCCCAAGGCCAGCUGACACCAGGGCACAGGAGCAGCAGGAAAAGCUCUCUCGGAUUCUGCAGCCCCGUGGGCUCCGGCUCCCCUCGCCAGCAUUCCUGCCCUGCUCACAGGUGGGAGGUGGUGUUUGGGAAGGGGCUGGGGUCUCCUUCUGUGCCUGCUCCGUGAGGCUGCUGUAACCUUCCUGAGAGCCAGGGUGUGACACAGGGGAGCCAACACCUUCUCCCCACCUAGGAGGAAAAAAGUCCUGAUUUUUUUCUGGGUAGGAGAACGUCCUGAAUUCCCUUCUUUCCCUGUGUUCCUGGAAUCCAGCUGAGAGCCCUGACCUGGGGCGUGCAGGAAGGAUGUGUUUGAAGGCAGCCAUUCUUGUAGUUGCUUUCUGCUGUCUGUCCAUCCCUGUGAGGUGGGACAAGUUUCCACAGUGAGGGAUUCUCCUGCUCCCUGCAAAGGCCGAGCUUGGCUGUCCAGGUGAGCUCCUGCACACCUGGCUGUGUACAGAGAUUUCUGAAUGUUCAUCCCUUUGGGAAAGGCUCUGCUUCUCCCCCUUCCACCCUUUCUAGUACUUUGAGAAGAAACCUAAUGUAUUGCAGCUUAUUCUAAAUACCUUCCUGUAAGUGUGAUGGUGUUUUCAGACUGCAACAACGCUUUGAUAUCUUCAAAGUUCUCUUGGGCAGCUCUCUCUUUUCACCGCAGAGCUGGGGGGAAGCUGCAGGCAGUGAUUUUACAGGCUGCAGACUCUUGCCAGCUCUCUUCAAGGGCCUCCUCACCCCUUUGGUCUGUGUCAGGCUUUUGGCUGUUUUUUUGUCAAGCUGCACUUCUCGGUACAAAUUUGAAUCUGGAUGAAGUGUUUGGCCUUUGGCGAUUUUUCCCUUUGAAAACUCCACGCGCACAUCAGCAGGUGCCCGCUGUGCCAUGCCUCAGUGGCUGCUCCAAAUGAAACAGCAUAACCCAUCCUCUGCCCUCCAGCCAGCACAGCCCCCACAGCUGCUGACUCAACUUGCUCCUGCCCCUCAUUUUUCCUGGGAUUUUGGCUCCAGCACCACCUUCCCGAUGGGCACAAGGAGCCUCUGCAGCUCCCACGUGCUCUAAGCUUCACUUCUCAAGGAGCUACAGCAGCUACAGCUUCACAGGGUGAAAAAGGAUCUUAAAACAAACCAGCUUUUCCCUAAAUAGUAUUUUUAGGGAGAGACAAAUCUUUAAUUUGUCUGAUUUAAAUUUUUAAAACACCUGUGGAAAACCCAUUCUUGCAGGAACGUUUGCAUUCCUGGCAAACUCUGCUGCCAGUCCUGCAGGAGCAGCCAGGUGAGCUCUGUGAUGGGGCUCUCAGGGCAAAUUUGGUUUUGUGUGGGGUGAGCUCUUUGAUGGGGGGGCUCUCAGGGCAAAUUUGGUUUUGUGUGGGGCAGGACCAGCCUGGCAGAGGCAGGGAACAGCCAGGCAGCUCCACAACUGUUUCCUCAUCCUGCUCUUGGAGCAGCAGCAGCCCAAUUAGAUUCCUAAUGGAUUAGGAUUCCUAAUGUCAGGUUGCUGCCUUCCCUCUCCCUCAGACUGGCAUCUGUCUGGCUUACAAAGCUGACAACUGCUCACUUCUCUCUCAGUGCAGGUCUAAAACAAAUUAAAAACUCCUAUAAUUGAGGAAGAUGUAAAUGUUUUCCUUCAGAGCAUUCCAGCCUGCCUGUGGGGAACACUCUGCUCCGGCAGAGGCCUCACAGCCCCGUUUGUGGCUCAGCCCUUUCUUCCCAGUAGUCAGUUCCCAGUGUGGGACUGGUUUCCCAGUGCCCGCACACUGGCCCGGCCCCAAAGCUCCUCCUCACGGCCAUUUGGGAUUUUCCGUGGGCCUUUGCUGCCACCACGCGGAACUGCUCAGCAAAGUUAAUUAUUAAUUAUUCGAGUUAAUUGCUUGGUGCACCCAGCCACGUGCGAGGACUUGGCCUCACCUGCAACAUCCCAUUUCCACUGGCUCUUGUUUACAGCUUUUGGUUCAUUCCUGUUAAUAAAAUUUUUUAAUAAUC